CAUUCGAACGACUACACGUUCUCGCUCACACUGCUCACGUUCUAGACGCAGACAGUUUGUUUCUGUUUUCCGAACUGAAGUCACUGACAUACGUGGGCGGCAUCAAAACAUUGCAAGCGAAUCCAUGCGCCCGCCUUAUUUUUAAAAAUUAAUGAAUUAAAAUAGUAUUUUAAGCUUUACAUAUUUUUACUACUUCAAGACACAGUGCUUUUAGUGAGUCUAAAAUAAUAAUUUUCUUUGGUUGUACGAACAUUUCAUUUUUCCUGGAAAAUGACAGCUUCUACUAUGAUUGAAUUGGAGUCCUGGAUUAUUUACCAGUGUGUCCUUAAUGAGUGCCAUGUGUCCAGCUCAUGAGCUGAUGUUGUAGUCCACGGUUUUAUUUGCUUCGAGUUAUUUUAAGUUUUCUUCAUGGUAGCCACUUCGAUGGAGGGCGGCGCGUGGUGCGCCCGCGACAUAUCUCUGCGCGCGCAAAAGAAGUUUCUAUCGCGCGUCGGCGGCGCGGCAAGUGCGCGCGCGCUGGUGUUAGAUGAACAUGCCGCUAAACUAUUGGAUCAGUUCCUAACUGUCCUCCGGGAGCGCGUAGAGAAACGCGAAGCGGAAAAACUCCUAAAGCACGUGAUCAAAGCGGCGGUGAAGCUGGGCGUGCUGCGGCGGCACGGUCAGCUCACCGAGGCGGAUGAGCGGGCGCUCACCGCCUUCCGCUCCAAGUUCCAGACGGUUUUGAUGGCUGUGGUAUCAUUCUCUGAGGUGGAGUUCUCGUACGACAGAGGCUUCCUUCAGGAUGCGUUGAGGGAAUCGCAUCAGUCACUCAAAUCAGUAGUCGAGCGCCAUCUGUCGGACAAGUCAGUGUCGCGCCUCGCCGGAGUGUUCGCGCUCGCGUCUCGAGGUGACCUCUUAGACUCGUUGUUCGCAGGUCAAAUAGACGAAGGCGUCCUUAAACUGACUAGGAUGCUGCGAAAAGAACUAGAUCGAGGCUUACUUUAAUUCCUAAAAGCUGAAUUUUUGUGCCGUCCUAAAAAAUUGCUAGCUUUCUAACACCUAGAUAGAUAGGGUGAUAGACACUAGCCUGGAAUUAGCGGUAACAAGGGAUCUGGUUUUAGUUCAAUGUAAGGUGCGAUUUCUAGAAUGCUGGAAACCGAAACUUUGCUGGUGUUCUGUUUAUUUUAUCCGGAACGAUCUGGUGUUGAAUGGAUUAUUAAAUGGGAAUUAAGAGAUGUAUCCUACAUCUAUAUUAAUUCCUAUUGAUUCAAUCUCCUUUUAACACUACAUGGAAGAAAAAUAUGAGAUGUCAAUCACAAACUCGCAAUAGAGGACAUAUUUUAAUACGAUUGCACUCAAAUCCUUUUACACUAAAGCAAAGUAUUGCCGAUAGGAGAAAUAUCGCAAAAUUUGAUUACAGGGCACUUUCAUGCAAUAUGUAUUAGCAAGAAAUCGAUAAAAGAGAAAAAAAAAUUGAUGCUUUUUUGCUACACUUAAUAAAACAGCACGCAUUAUGGAAAAAUUUAGUGAAUGAUAAAACGAUCACUAUCGUAGCUGCGCAUAUAAAAUGUAGAAAACGCCUAUAUCACUAGACUAAUUUGUUAUAAAAUCAAGUUUAUGCUGAAAGAACCGGUCCUGAAGACUCAUGAAACACUCAUAACUAAAAUAAUGCUCUCUACUUGGUAAAAGACUGUUACAAAUACUCAAACUUUUUUAUAAGAGAUACUACGAAAUACUUACAGAACUGAACUUAUGAGUCCGUGACUAUAAUUCCAAUCAAGUAUUUAAAAACAGUCAUUUGAAAACGAUAAUUAUCAUGUUUGUGUGACGUCAUAUACUCAAUUUGAUGUUAAUAAGUUUGCAUCUCGUAAUAAAAUGUGCAUAGGACAUACUUGCCCAGUUAUCCUCAUGUAAAUAUUAAGAAAUUACCAUAGUAUGGUAUAUCUCAAAAUAUUGUUUAUCUAUAUUAAUAUUAUAAAGCUGAAGAGUUUGUUUGAACGCACUAAUCUCAGGAAUUAGUCG